AUGGAGAAGAAGGAGCUGAAGGAGCAAAAAGACGGAGUUCAUUUAUUAAAUACUGUCAAUUACAAGGACAUUCAACUACGAUCAGUCUCGUCAGGGGACACGCCAUCGGGCAAGAACGGAGUAGGUAUUUUGAUUGAUAGGGAGCUUAAGGAGCUUGUGGUAGAAGUGAGGAGGGUGAACGACAAGAUGAUGUCUAUCAAGCUAGUCACUGGAGGGCUGACUGUCAAUGUUAUUAAGAAGCUAUUCAUCGAAGGAGAUUUCAACGGCCACAUUGGGGCAGCCGCUGGGGGUUAUGACGAUGUGCAUGUGGGCUUCAGUUUUGGAGAUAGAAACAUUGGUGGAACUUCAUUGUUGGAUUUUGCUACAGCUUUUGAGUUGGUGAUAGCAAACUCAAGCUUCCAGAAUAAGGAGGAGCAUUUGGUCAACUUUCAGAGUUCGGUGGCCAAGACACAAAUUGAUUACCUACUCCUCACGAAGAGUGAUGAUGGUCUAUGCAUUAAUUGCAAGGUUAUCCCGAGUGAGAACCUCAUGACCUAG